AUGUCGACCGAAGGACGCCCCGAGAUGAGCACUGCUCAGCCGCUCCAGGAGCAGCAACAACAACGACAACAGCACCAGAAUGCAGCUUCGGCAUACGGGUCUGACGAAGAGGUUCUGAUCAAACUCAAGAAUCUCGGUCUCGAGGACCGACUUUCCUUGUCGCUCCUCGCCAAGUUCAAGGAGCUAAGGCUUCAAGACCGUCCCUACUUCUCGCCUCCUCCAACCAUCCACUCGACCAUCGCAGAGAGGGUAAAGGCUUGGAGCUCGGAGUACUGCGGGUACUGGAGUCCCAGCUGGGAUGACAGUAUCCAUCCGUACGCUCGGCCCCUGCCGUCCACCAUCCCUUCCGGGACAGAGUGUCCCAGCCAACGACCGACCACUGCUUCCACCUGA